AUGGAUAGAUCAGCUUCAUCACCACCUAAUCCAUUCAUAGAUUCCCCAUCAUCAUUACCUACACCUUCAUCGACUUCAAGACCUAUAUCACCAAGUAACGAUCUACCUCCUCGGCCAUCACCACGGAACUCAACGGGACCAGGAACAUCACCAUCGACACCAUCAAUCUCAUCACCCACCCCAUCCUACAACACCCAAUUGAGAAAACCGUCAUCUCUCAUUUCGGCAGCAUCAGGUUCACCUCCUCCUACCCAUAGAGCGAGUUUCCCAGAUCCAACGAAAUUGCCUAAAUCAGGAAGCGGCCUUACGAUAGAUGGCCCGAAGAUGAAACAAGGUUAUUGUUGUGAAAGGGAUAAAGAAAUCAGUCUAGGUGAAGAAAUUCAUAUUGUUGAUGCAUAUAAAACUACCGAAGGUGGUAAAGCAAGUUACAUAACUUAUGUUAUCCAAUUGGGAACCCACACUACAAGACGUAGAUACUCAGCAUUCUUAUCACUACAUCAAGCUCUCACAGGAUUAUAUCCAGUCCUCAUCAUUCCUCCCAUCCCUUCGAAACAGUCUUUAACUGAUUACGCCGUGAAGGGUCAAAGUAAAGCUAAAGAAGAUGCUACUGUCAUAGCUAGACGUAAGAGAUUAUUAGAGGAUUUCUUGAGAAGGAUAUUGAGACAUCCUAUUUUGGCUGGUGAACAUGUCGUUCAUAGAUUCUUGGAAGAUGGCGUCAGCUGGUCUGAAGUACUUCAUUCACCACCCAUUUCAUUGUUACCUAAAAAUCCAUUGCAUGCACCUUCCCAUAAUCCAACUUUCCAACCUUCCACCGAUGAGACAACCGAGUCGCCGUCAGGUGAAGGUACAGGUGCUGGAGGGAAUGGAUCAAGUAGUUCAACAUCAUACAUAGCACAUCAUCUACUACCAACACCAUCACCUUCACAUCCGUUGAAAUCACCCGAUCAAAGAUUUAUAGAUUCAGAGAUAUUCACUGAGAAAUUCCAAAAUCAUUUCCAAGGUACAAUGGAGAAGGUUAAUAGGAGAGUCACUAAAAGAUGGACUGAACGUGCAGAUGAUAUGUCAGAAUUGGGUGCUGUUUGGAAUGGUUUCAGUUUAGUCGAACAAGGUAAACUAGGUUUGGCAGUUGAAAAGGUUGGUCAAGCUGUUGAUCAAGAAUAUCUCGCUACUGCCGCUUUGCUACAAGCAUGGGAAAGAACAGCAACUGAACCAUUACACAUUUAUUCGCAAUUCGCUGCCUUGAUAAGACAGCGAUUAUCAUUCCGACAUCAGAAACAUGUCCAAUAUGAAUUAGUUCAAGAAGCUUUAGAAACUCAGAAAGAUAAAUUGGAAUUACUUGAGAAUGCUGAAAAAGAAGCAAGAAGAUUAGAAGAAGCCCUUGAACGUGGUGGUAGAGGUAUCACCCCUUCUUCUUCCUCUACUUCAAAUAUACAAUCUCAGGCUCAUCCCCAACAAGAACAAGACGAAAGAGAACGAACAGAAAGAGCAAGAAUCAGAUCUUCGGCUGGACAAGGUUUCGGUUUAUUAUCUGCUGUAAAACAUAGUUUGAGUGGUAUGAUGGACGUUGAUCCGGAAGCUACGAGAAGAGCUAAUAUCGGUAAGACAAGAGAUAACAUAUCUCAACUUGAAGACUCGCUUCAAGCGUCUGCUCAAGAUCUGAAAUACGCCUCAACUACACUUCAAGCGGAUCUUGAUCGAUUCCAACGACAGAAAGUCGCUGAUCUGCGAAACCUCGCUAUUCAACUGUCCAAAGUCCAUCGAGAAUGGUGUAAGCAGAACCUCGAAGCGUGGCAAGCUGCUCAAGCCGCAAUCAGGGAAGUUGACUCACACCCUAAUCAACCUCCUUCGCAAGCUCAACCUUCUCAACAAGAUACGUUGGGUGGCCCUGGCCAAAGUAGCGGUAGUAGUUCUAGCAUGGGAAUGGGAGGUAUGAGAGCUGAAAUCGAAAGAGUUGAAGCUGCGAAUAAACCUUUGCCGUUACCCGAAAGAGACGAAGAGGAAAGUCCAUUCAACGAACAAGGUAAUGAUCCAAGUACCGAUACUACAAGUGGCGGUAAAGGGAAAGGGAAAGGCAAAGUUGAUAAAGCAGAAAGUCCGUUAGGUCCAUUGUGA